UUUAUAGGUAUGUAUAUUCCAUUUGGUUCUUCGAGCCCUUGACACUGUUGUCUGUCUCAUUCUCUUUUGGUCACUAUCUCUCGUUAUUUUGUCCCUUGCUUUCAGUAUCACACAGGAUGCGAGGCAACGGUCGCAGGGGAGGUUUGUUGGGUCAUUCACAGUCAAGGCAGUUACCUGUGCAGGAUGAGUCCAAUGAUCAACUAGACCAAUCUACACAGGGUCAGCCUCAGGUUCCUUCACGAUCCACUGGGAGGUCGACACCAGAUCCGGAGGGGUCUACUGCUUCAACACAGCAUCGAGCUACACCUCCACCUCCACCGCCACCACCUAUUACCCCAUCUUCUGAGCCUGCAAUUGGAUCAACCUCUGGUCAUGAAGGUCAUUCAGUUGGGGCAGCACCAAUAUCAUCAAUGGAUGGUCUAUCACUCACUACAUUUGGAAGAAAGAAAUAA